AUGGGUUUCCUCUCGAAUGUUGAUUGGGAUGAUAUUUUUUCAUAUCAAACUGUAAAGAUUGUAAAGAUUAGAGAUAAAAGAUUGAGUACUAUUCUUUUAGAGAAGAGAUACCUCGCUACAGAUUCUCCAAUCGGUUCAAUUAGAUCAAGUUUACUUGCUCCAACUUAUAGAGAUCCAUCACCUCCAUAUUGCAAUACUUCAGGAAAUGCUGAAUAUAAUGGUUUCCCAACUUUCCAAUGUCAAUACUGGGAUGAAGUGCUGGCACUUUAUCCAUCAUCUUCCGAUACAUCGAUGUUUAUCACCACACGUGCCACCACUGAACAACAAGACACACUAAACAACUGCAAUCUUACAGAACCCUCAUGUGUAUACGUAACCUCCAACGUUGUUGAUUUAUAUGUUGCUGAUAUAGAUAACUUCACCAUUAUGAUAGAUCACACCGUUUCCGCACCCAAUUUAGAUAUUGAAUAUAAUGCACGUGAACUCAACGGAAGAUUAUUAGGUUCCAAUGGAAAAGUUUGGACUCCACCACCUCCAAGUGUUGUAGGUGUAAAGAAUAAAUAUGAUAUUUUGACAUUGGAUGCUUGUUUGGAGGCAGCUGGUAUCGACUCUUUGGAUCAACCAUCACUUAGCAAUGCAUCGAGAAGUAUGAGAAACGACGGUGUAUUGAUUUUAGUAUUCAUCACAUACUCCAAUAUGUACACAUACGAUACCAGCAACUUUAGAUACACAUACGAGUUCAAAGUGAUCAAGGAUACCAAAUUCAAGGCUAUCGAGCCAAUCUUUACAACAGGUGUAAAUAACAGAUUCGUAUUCGACCGUCAUGGUGUCAAAUUGAUUUUCAUCCAAACCGGUACAAUCGGUAAAUUCGAUUUCCAGACUAUGCUUUUAACUUUUGUAUCUGGUAUUGGUUUAGUAACAGUUUCAACAGUUAUUGUAGAUGUUUUGGCAGUUAAAUUGUUGCCACAGAAACACAAGUAUCAGAAAUUGAAAUACCAAGAGGUUGGUGUCAGCCUUCCAUUGUUAGCCAAUGAAAAUGAGACUGCAGAUGCAGAGCACAAGAAUUAA